GGAGUCUAGAGUAGUUGUCUCUAUGUGGCGAGGCAUAUAAAUGCCCCCAUUCCGUUCCAAGAGAACGAGAGACGGAUUCAAGCAGAAGCAGUCGGCCAGUUCCUUUUGCACUGGUCUGGUUUCCGGCAACUCUUCUAACACUUCUGCACUCUGUCUCUUAUCAAUUGAUCCUCCGCCAUGGCCUCUCGCACAUUUACUCUUGUAGUAGCCUCAGCGCUCCUGCGCGCAUUAGCUGUGGCCCAGCAAGCUCCGACUCCAGAUGCCAUUCAAUCACUGCCGACAUAUACAUGCACUGUUGCAGGCGGCUGCGUAGAGCAAAGUACCAAUGUCGUCUUCGCGUGGCCAUACCACUGGAUGCAUACGGUUGAGGGUUAUGACUCAUGUACUACAUCCUCUGGAUUGAACGCGACUCUUUGCGGAACCGCGGAAGACUGCUUCAAUAAUUGUGAAAUUGCACCUGGCGACUAUACGGGCCUUGGCAUUACUACGUCUGGUAAUGCUUUAACGAUGUACCAGUAUCGUAACGUUAGUGGUACGAUCAACAAUGCAUCACCAAACGUUAUGCUCUUAGAUCCGGCAGGCGAAAACUACGUGAACGUCCAGCUUCUUGGCCGGGAGUUCAGCUUUGACGUUGAUAUCUCUCUCCUCCCCUGUGGAGAGAACGGUGCCCUGUUCCUUUCAGAGAUGGACUUUACUGGUGGUCGAAACGAGUAUAACCCUGCUGGGGCAUCAUACGGCUUUGGAGGUUGUGAUGCCCAGUGCGGCGUCUCGCCAUACUUUAAUGGCACAGUCAACACCGAGGGGCUCGGUGCCUGCUGUCAUGAGAUGGACAUUUGGGAAGCUAAUUCUAUGGCUACUGUGUUUACCCCACAUCCUUGCAGCGUUGAUGGUAUCUAUGGAUGCAAAGGCGAUGAAUGUGGCUCUAGUGGAGUGUGUAACAAACCCGGUUGUGGAUGGAAUUCCUAUCAACAAGGCAAUACCUCCUUCUAUGGCCCAGGCCUCAUUGUCGAUACUACGAAGACAUUCACUGUGACUACCCAGUUUAUCACAGAUGAUGGCACAACGACGGGAAAGCUCACUGAGAUCCGCCGGUACUAUACUCAAAACGACGUCUUAUACCCCAACCCUGUGUCGACCAGCUACAAUGGUCUAAAUUACAUCGAUGAGGACUUUGGUUGCAGUGACACCGACUCUUUUGGAGGUCUCACAGUACAUGGAGAAGCUCUCGGCCGCGGCAUGGUGCUCAUCUUUAGCGUCUGGCAAGAUUCGAGCCAGUUUAUGCACUGGCUCGAUAGUGAUACUGCUGGCCCAUGUAGCAGCACUGAAGGCGACCCUGCAAAUAUCAAAGCCAAUAACCCGGACGCCGCGAUCACCUACUCGAACAUCAAGUGGGGAGAGCUUGGGUCUACAAGUAACGCUCCGGGACCGGAUUCCGGUUCUAGCUCAAGCUCUAGCACACCCACAGCAACCACAACGACGUCUAGCACGGCGCCACCGCCAGCGACCACCACGACGUCUAGCACGACGUCUAGGACAACGUCACCGCCGGCGACCACCACGACAUUAGCCUCGGCACCAAAACAGACUCAAUGGGGUCAGUGCGGAGGAAAUGGCUGGACUGGUCCUCAUGUCUGCGCCUCUCCGUACACUUGCGUGUAUUCGAACCCGUGGUACUCUCAAUGCCUGUCGUCUUAGUGAAGUUUAGUAUUCCAACAAUGCAAUACUAGAGGGCAAAAGCCCGCGGCCAUUGUAUAUAGAUCAUUUCUCCUAAACAUAUCACAACCCCUACAUUCCUUAAAUUUUUAGGCUCUCGCUUUCUCUCUCUUUUUUCCUUUAUUCUUUCUAACUAGAGGAGGGGAGAGGGAGUAGUUCAUUUCUUAUCUUAGAAAUGCAAUGCAGAGAGUCCAAAAAGGAG